UACUUUAUAAGUAAUUUCAGUCUUGCGUAUAUUAUCUAUGCGAAAAUACGCAUGAUCGUAUACGUAUUACGACACGUUAAACGAUUGGAGAGAACGGUAGAGAACAAGUGCGAAAUAUCAUUGAGGUCAUUGGAGUGUCUUUGAAAGGUUACUGAGCGUUCGAAAUUUGAAAUCAUUCACAUUUGUAUCUAGAAAGUCAUAGAGAAUAUGUUGCCACAAUAUUUGAAGCCUAUUUUGAAUGUUACUCAACAAGGAGCGAAACGACUAUCUACCAGCGCCAAAUGCAAUGCCAAGGUUGCAAUUCUCGGAGCAAGCGGAGGAAUUGGCCAACCGCUCUCAUUACUUAUGAAACAAUCUCCUCUUGUAACCGAAUUAUCAUUGUAUGAUGUCGUAAAUACACCAGGUGUCGCUGCUGAUCUGUCGCACAUGGAUACACCGGCAAAAGUAAAAGCAUAUACUGGUCCAGAUGAGCUAAAAGAUGCACUUAAAGGAACGCAGGUCGUUAUAAUUCCUGCCGGUGUUCCACGUAAACCGGGAAUGACUAGAGAUGAUCUUUUUUCUACAAACGCCUCGAUAGUAAGAGAUCUUACCCAGGCUAUAGCAGAAGUAUCACCAAAAGCUUUAAUUGCCAUUAUUUCAAAUCCAGUUAAUAGUACUGUGCCAAUUGCCAGUGAAGUGUUGAAAAAAGCUGGUGUUUACGAUCCUAAUAGAGUAUUCGGUGUAACAACUCUCGAUAUUGUCAGAGCAAAUACAUUCAUUGCCGAAGCCAAAGGCUUGAAUCCACAAAAUGUCUCAGUGCCAGUUAUCGGUGGUCAUAGUGGUGUCACUAUUAUUCCUUUAAUUUCACAAACUAAACCUUCAGUUUCUUUUCCAGAGGAUAAAGUGAAAGCUCUUACUCUGAGAAUUCAAGAGGCUGGUACAGAAGUUGUUAAAGCUAAGGCUGGCACAGGUUCUGCCACUCUUUCAAUGGCAUAUGCUGGUGCACGAUUUGGUUAUUCUUUAAUCAAAGCACUUAAUGGAGAACGUAUUACAGAAUAUUGUUAUGUCAGAUCUGAUGUUUGUGACACCAAAUAUUUCUCAACAGCUGUUGUUUUGGGUAAAGGAGGAAUUGAAAAGAAUCUUGGUAUUGAAAAACUCAAUGGAUAUGAAAAAGAACUGUUAAAUGCAGCGAUCCCAGAGCUUAAGAAGAAUGUUGAAAAGGGAGAAAAAUUUAUGAAAAAAUGAACAUUAUUUCCAUGAAUUAUUAAAAUAUUAGGAGAUAUUAAAUAAUAUCAAAUAAAACUCGAUAACUUUUGAUAUUGAUUAUGAAAAUAAUUCGCGUUGUACGCGAAAAAUUUAAAAAAUAGAAGCGGCGAAUUCUUUAUUAAUCAGUAGAUAUAACACACACUUUAUAGAUGUUUAAAUUCAUUUAUAAUAUGGUAGAGCAAUAAGAAAUCGAAAUAGAACAGUAUUUGAAAAGAAAUACUCAUUAUUUUGUUCUAAAAGAAAUGGAAUAUAAAAAAUUGGAUAUUCACUAUUAAAUAUUGGACACUCACUAUCUCGUUUUAAAAGAAUGGAAUAUCAAAAUUGCAAUAUACUGCAUGUAAUUUGAAAAUAAAUUACGUUAAAUAAAAA